ACUGUCCCGAGUCAGUCAACUUGCAUGGCGUCGUGACGAAAUGUGGUGCUUUCCUGUUCAAUUACGCUUUCUUUUCCAUUUCCUCGUGAUUAUUCUGAACUUGGGAUCCAUUCAUGGCAAAUACACCGCCAAAAUUGUGGAGGACCCACCUCCACGCGAGAUUGGGAUCGCGGGGUUGUUCGGGCCGGAGGACUCGAUCGAGGAACGCUCGUUCCGGAUGGCCAUCGAUCGGAUCAACCUCAACAAAAAUAUUCUUCCCGACGUAAAACUCGUCCCGAAAAUCGGGAUCAUUUCCGAAACGGACAGCUUCAAUACCAGUCGAACAGUUUGUAAUCUAGCCGCUGAGGGAAUUGCAGCCGUUUUCGGUCCAAAUACGGAUGAAGUGACUGGGAUUGUUCACUCCGUGUGUGAUACUCUAGAUUUGCCGCACAUUAAAACACACUGGGACAUUUCAAACGAGCCCUUAAAAGGCAUAAACAUCCAUCCAAAUGCUGAUCUUUUGGCUCAGGCUUUGAUUGAUACCAUUGAGGACAUGGAUUGGAAUACAUUCACAAUAGUUUACGAGAAUACUGAGGGGCUGAUUCGUCUUCAAGAGGUCCUCAAAAAACAUCAACGUGUCAUCAACGUUCAUGGGCAUGCUCCUGUCACUAUCAAACAACUUCCUGAGGAUGCGGACUACAGGCCUCUCUUCAAGGAGAUUUUACAAUCAUCAGAGAAUCAUAUUGUCCUGGACUGUCGAACUGACUUAAUUCUGGAUGUGCUGCGGCAGGCGAAAGAAGUUAAGAUGAUGGGCGAUUACCAGAGUUACAUCCUCACCUCACUUGACGCCCAUACAUUGGACUACAGCGAAUUCACAUCGACGAGGACAAAUAUCACCUCUCUGAGACUCGUGAACCCCAACAGCACGGUCGUGCAGUACGCUUUACAAGACUGGGCUAGUGAGGAACAACGCCUGGGAAUUAGAUCACACCUUACUGCUGACAGCAUUACGGUGGAGGCAGCACUGAUCCACGAUGCUGUUUAUUUAUUUGCUGAAGCGUUGCAUAUGAUCCUAGGAACAGAAAAAGAUCUUGAUACCCAGUCUCUCCAAUGUGGCACGUUAUCUGGAGAUGCUCAGUGGUCCGGUGAAAAGUGGCUCCACGGAUUUAAACUCUCCAAUUUCAUGAAACUCUUGGACAUAGAGGGUAUGACCGGUCCAAUGAGAUUUAAUAGCACCACCGGUUCUCGGACUUACUUCGAACUGGAAAUAUCUGAGAUUUUGCCGCAUUUGAAAAAAAUCGGAUCUUGGGACCCUCUCAACAAAAUCAAAUACACACGAACGCGCAGUGAAAUGUACGAGGAUAUUGUUCAAGCCAUUAGCAAUAAAACAUUUAUCGUCACCUCUCGCUUGGGUGAGCCUUACUUGAUGCUGAGAGAGGAGGAUGGCUUGGAGGGUAACGAUCGGUUCAGAGGAUACUCGAUUGAUCUAAUAGAUGCAAUUUCGAAAGACCUUGGGUUCAAGUACAGAUUUGAGUUGGUACCUGAUGGUAACUACGGGUCUCUCAACAAACAAACCAAGAAGUGGAAUGGUCUCAUUAAGGAACUUCAAGACAUGAGAGCUGAUUUAGCCAUUUGCGAUCUUACUAUCACCUAUGAGAGGAGAACAGCAGUGGACUUCACAAUGCCGUUCAUGACACUAGGUAUAAGUAUUCUGUACAGUAAACCAGAAAAACAAGAACCAGACCUGUUCUCGUUUCUCUCACCCUUGUCCCUGGAGGUAUGGAUAUUCAUGGCGACGGCAUACUUGGGUGUAUCUAUUCUUUUAUUCAUUCUAGCAAGAUGCACCCCGAACGAAUGGGAGAAUCCCCACCCGUGCGAGGCUGAGCCGGAGGAGCUAGAGAACGCUCUGAAUCUCAACAAUUGUCUGUGGUUCUCUCUCGGAUCGGUUUUGGCCCAAGGAUGUGACAUUUUGCCCAAGAUUACACCCUCAGAAUGGAAUGCCCCUCACCCUUGCAGCCCAGAUCCGGAAGAGCUGGAAAACAAACUGAAUUUUAACAAUUUAGUGUGGCACAACUGUGGAUCUCUUAUGCAACAAGGUUCCGAUAUUGCCCCUCAGGCCGUUUCAACGAGAUUGGUGGCCGGAAUGUGGUGGUUCUUUACCCUCAUCAUGAUUUCUUCGUACACUGCCAAUCUAGCUGCGUUUUUGACUAAAACUGGAAUGGAGACAACGAUCAGUAGUGUCGAAGAUCUGGCCAAACAAUCGAAAGUAAAAUACGGAUGCUUACUUGGAGGUUCAACCGGUGCUUUCUUCUCGAGUUCGAACGACAGCCUGUACCAAAAGAUGUGGAGCGUGAUGGAGUCGACGAGGCCGUCCGUCUUCGUGAAAACCAACGCCGAGGGCGUUGACCGCGUCAUGAAAGGCAAAGGCAGCUACGCUUUCUUCAUGGAGUCCACCUCGAUCGAGUACCAAGUCGAGCGCAACUGCGAGAACCUCAUGCAAGUUGGUGGUCUUCUCGAUUCCAAAGGAUACGGCAUCGCCAUGCCAUUUAAUUCACCUUACAGAACAGCUAUUAGUGGAUCAGUUUUAAAAUUGCAAGAGUCUGGCGGCCUCCGGGAGCUGAAGGAUAAGUGGUGGAAAGUGCAGGGACAAGAGGAAUGCGUGGAAGGAGAGCAAGAGGAUUCCCAAGAGUUGGGCAUAGCAAAUGUUGGUGGUGUGUUCGUUGUCUUGAUUCUAGGCUGCAGUUUUGCAUUCUUCUUUGCACUUCUGGAGUUUCUUUGGAAUGUGCGAAAAGUUGCUGUGGAAGAAAAGCUAACACUCAUGGAGGCAUUUAUGGUUGAGGUGAAAUUUGUACUGAGCUGCAGCGAGAACAAACCAGUUCGAAGACGACCAGAAUCAGAAAUGUCUAAUGAAAUGGACACUUCCUUCAUGCAGCUCAAUGCCAAGCAAUAAAUUUAACUGCUGAGUUUGAUGAAUUUUUAGUCUUGAAUGUUGUAACAGAUCUAGGGACUAAAUUCAAGUGCAGUUUAGCUUCGAUUUCUUCCAGAAAACUUAAUAUUACCUAAUUUGGUGAGCUGCAUACCAUCCGUAUUGAACUAGGACCAUUGUGUAUGCUUCACAGCAGGAUCUGAUGGAAUUGACUGGUUAUUACUUAGGUAUUCCGAGUAAUUAAUGUGUCUAUGUUGAGAUUCAUGGAUAUAUUCAUAGAUUUUCUGGAGAUUGAUGUAUCAACCAACCUUCUUUUUUACUUUUAUAUUUAAAAUAAAGCUUUUCGCUGAAUACACACAAGAGCUUAAAUAUACGAGCACAAGAAAAGCCUUUUAAAUCUGUGAAGGAGGAACAUCAUAUUGAAACAGAUGUGCCUUGCGGACAAUAAAACUCUAGAUCUAUACUGUAUGUGAUCAGUAAAAAGGGAGUGCCUUAGUUUCAAAUAACGGGUAUUUCUAAUUUUCAAAAUUUUCUAUUGUCCAGGGAAGGAAGUUUGAACUACCAUGAUCAAAGAGAAAUUAAGCAUUUGCUUGCUCUUAGAUAAGCAAUAUUUUUCUUUCUGUUAAUUCCAGCCACUCAUGAGAAAAAGCAAUAUGAUUUAAUUUUACAUUCCGAUUAAUGUAUAAAGUAUUUUAACGACUAAGUUCACCUAUUCCAGUGUUAUUAACUUGGAUGUUACUUAGGAGGAAAAAACUUCUGCAUUAAACUUUUCAGAGAUAAAUAUAUAUAUUGUUUGAUCAUUUCA